AUGGAUGGAGCAUCCAAAUGGCAUUACAGCGACAUCGCGCUCGUUUUGGUCUGCAGCUAUGCUCACCAUCAACACUCACCAUCAACGCUCACCAUCAACACUCACCAUCAACACUCACCAUCAACACUCACCAUCAACACUCACCAUCAACACUCACCAUCAACACUCACCAUCAACACUCACCAUCAACACUCACCAUCAACACUCACCAUCAACACUCACCAUCAACACUCACCAUCAACACUCACCAUCAACACUCACCAUAAGUAG